AUGUCUGCGGCGGCGAACGGCAAACGCGUUUGUCGAUGGGCGGCUUUGUCGCUAUCGACCAUCGCCUCGACAUUCUUCCAGGACCUUCUCUCACAAGAGGGCGCGCAGUACGACCACAAACUUGUGGCAAUUAGUACUACUGGCUCCGACGAGCGAGCACAGAAAUGGCUAGGCGACAACAAGAUUCCCGACGCAGGUUCGGUCGUGGUCUAUCACUCGUGGGAGAAGAUGCUGAAAGAAGGAGACUUCGACAUCGUCUACAUCUCGACUCCGCAUCCCUUGCACUACGAAGAGACACUGGCGGCCAUUGCACGCCGGCGCAACGCACUCGUCGAGAAACCUGCGACCAUGACCGCUGCCCAGUAUCGCAAGUGCAUUGCCGAGGCGGAAAAGCAGAAGGUCGUGCUCAUGGAAGCUAUGUGGACGAGAUAUCUUCCCGCGACCAGGUAUCUGCAAGAAGACCUAUUGCCUCGCAUAGGUGAUGUGAGGCGCGUGUUCUCAGAUUUCUCUUUCCCGAUUGUCGGCCCAGAAUUGCCCAACGACUCACGAUUUCUGGAUAAAAGUGCUGGCGCUGGUUCCUUGCUUGAUCAGGGCGUGUACGCUCUGACAUGGGCAGAUGUUGCGCUUAACACAAGUAAGGCAUCGAAGGCCGAUGUUGUGCACGCGCACACACACACUGUCCCGCAAAGGCCAGGAGAUGUUGACGACAUUACAACAGUCAUUCUGGCUGGUGGCGAUGCUACCGCGGUUGUGACAAUGAGUAUGACACUUCCCGGUUCAAGCAAGCCCGCGUUCUACCAGCGACUACAGGCAGAGAAGGCUGCACCAUCAGUCAGGAUCGAAGGCUCCGAGGCCUCCGUUGCGAUUCCGUUUCCAUGCAUUCGGCCAGAAGAACUCCGAGUGCAGUGGUACGGGCGGGACCAUGUUGGUGAAGACGGGGUCGAGCGGGAGGAGGUCAUUCGAAAGCCAGUGUCCGGAUGGGGGAUCUGGUAUCAGGCUGAUGUGAUUGCCGAUGCAGUAUUCUCUGGGAAGCCCCAGACCAUAGGCGCGGACGAGUCCUUGAGAGUGCUGGAAUGGAUGGACAAGGCGCGAAAACUCGCGGGAAUAACGUACGAUGCGAAGCUGGAACAAGUUUAG